AUGCACGACCCAGUCAAGACACCACCCAAUGUCGUGCUAGACAAUCUUGCCACUGGAAACGUUGGUGUAAAUGAGGCGAUUCUUAGAGUCACCGGGGCUAGCAUUCUUCCGCACCCCGUCCUACUACAGGCUCUGAAGGACUCGUUCUUUGAGCACGUCGUAUUUUACUACUCCGUGGUCGACCCCGGUGAUGUUGCCGGCCCAAAUGCAUCUGUGCUUCUCCAGCAAGCAGUUUGCUUAGCAGGCGGCCUAAUGCGACACGGAGAGGAUAGCGUCGGUCUCGCGGGUUCGCAAUACGAGAAAGCCAAAACGCUGAUUCAUAUUGGCUUCGAGCCUGACCAGUUGACGGUGCUGAAAUCUCUGUGCCUGAUGUCAUGCUGGAGCGCGUCUUCCCCCUACCUCGUCACGCUAGAUGGUCCAUGGCACUGGACGGGCAUGGCUUCGCGAAUGGCGCUUCAACUUGGUCUUCAGAAACAGUCAUCAUAUUCCAAUCGCCAGGGUGCUGGUUGCUUGCGGCGAAUAUUCUGGCAUCUUCAGGUGAGCAUCAUGCAUUUACGCUUCCUCAAACGCCGGCCAGAAUAUUGCUUUCAAAGAAACGUGAUUAAUGACUUGACGCAGACGAGUGAAAUUCUCAUGACAGCCUGCUGGGGUCGACCUCUUCUCCUCAGGCCUGAAGACACUGAUGUACCGCCGAUCUCAGAGGAAGACUUUUCAGUGCAGAACUUUGGCGCGAUUGCUACAACUUGGAUGACGAAGCUCAUUCAGAUCGUCGGGGUCAUCACCACCCUAAAAUCCAGGAAAGGUGGCCCAACGUCGGCAGAAGUCGAAGCUGUCGUCGCAUCACUCUACGGCUGGCUGGCUGACUUGCCCGAAGACUUACGACUUUUCAACCCCGACGGCACCAGAAAGCCAUUCAAUCAACAACGCACCGAGACUUUCAUCUUCUACUUCGUCGCCAUCAUCCUGACUCAGACGGCCAGCAGAAGUGCAUCGCCGACGUGGAGAACUUCGCCGGCAUCGGUCCUUGCUGCAUCCUGUGCUGCUCGGCUUUAUGACGAGAUCCGAUGCAGAGAGAGAGUUGUACACCUGAUACACUACCACGCCUUCCUUGUAUUAGCCGUCGGUGUUGUCUUAAUAUCUCAUCAACCUCAAUCGCAAGAGAAAGAGACCUUACUCCGCAGAGAUCUUGAUGUUAUACAUUCCAUUCUUGAGGGUAUGAGCGCCAAGUAUGGAGGGGCUCGCGCUAUUUUGCAAAAGUUUAAAGACGCGCCACGAGACUUUGGGGGUGACCGGGUUGAUGAGUCCUCGUGUACGAGAAGCGACACGGCAGGCUCCCAUACUUUGUCAACAGCAAAGAUUGUGCAGCGCCAUAUGGGCGACCUAUUUGCCUUUCCAUCAGAAAUGUGCGAGAACAUGGAUAUCCUAUCACAGAAUAACGACACUAGAGACGAAGUUGUUUUCCAGGACGAUGCUUUUGGAAAUUUUGGGCAGAUGGGUGAGGAUUUCGACGACAUUAACUCGUUCAUGGAUGUACUUGGCAUGGACUUCACAAAUUUCGAUGGCGCCAAUGGCUAA